GCGGCCGGCGAACACGAUUUGAGAUACAUUUUUGAACCUUCGGUAAAUCGUUAUCAUAAGAUACAUAAUAUCCCGCUAAAACAUUUAAAAAAAUACUUGAAUGAUAAUAAACCAGUGAGGUUGUUGCACUCAAAUCAAUUCUAUCUCGUACUUCACAUUUGGUUACACUGCGAAGUAUAAACAAACCCGGCGUCUCGUAUCUAAGUGUCAUACUACUGGCUUCUGUCCUAUCACAUCAUCGAUGAUGAUCAUUAAUAUAAGUAUUUAGUAUUUAUUAUUUUGCUCAAUUUUUCUUAAUUCUUAACACGGUAUGAGACUUCAUUGUUUUAAUUCAAAUUCAGUAUAACAUACUUAUAUUUUUAUAGAAAUCAUUUAUUAUUGAAAAUUGGUGUAGCACAACAUUCAUAUCAAAAUUAAACAUGAAUAGUGGCAUGCUAUAUGGUGGAGAUGAAAUCGGGGCUUUGGUGUUCGACUUGGGGUCACAAUCGUUUCGUAUCGGUUAUGCCCAAGAAGAUACACCAAAAGCAGAAAUACCAGCAGUGGUUGGUGUCUCGAGCGAUGGUACAGCAGACACUAGUAUGUUAGAACCUGGUGCUAAACAAGGCAAUCGCAUCAACGAAAACACCAAACAUUUCAUCGACGUUAACUCAUUGUGUGUCCCUCGGAAAGGUAUGGAAGUUGUAAGCUAUAUGAAAGAUGGUAUGAUCGAAGAUUGGGAUUUGUUUGAGAAAAUAUUGGAUUACUCUUACUCCAAGUGCUUACAAACAGAAUCGCAAUAUCAUCCAGUAUUAUUUACUGAGUCUCCGUUAAACAUAAGAUCUAAAAGAGAAAAGUUGGUCGAAUUAAUGUUUGAAAAGUAUAAUGUGCCAGCUACUUUUUUGGGCAAAAAUGCUGUAUUAGCUGCAUUCUCUUGUGGCCGCUCUACUGGUAUUGUGGUAGACAGCGGAGCAACACAUACUUCUGCAAUCCCUGUACAUGAUGGUUAUGUAAUACCUAGUGCUAUUGUCAAAUCUCCAUUAGGUGGAGACUUCAUUAGUAUGCAAUGUAGACAGUUCCUAAAAGAGAAUGAAAUUGAAGUGGUUCCACAUUAUAUGGUAGCACAAAAAGAACAGGUAAAAGAAAAAGAAAAGCCAAUAUGGACAAAGAAAAAUUCACUCCCCGAAGUAACAACUUCUUGGCAUAAUUAUAUGUGUAAAGCAGUUAUUCAAGACUUGAAGCAUUCUAUACUGCAAGUAUCUGAAGGUCCAUAUGAUGAGAGAAUAAUAUCAGCUCUACCGACUUCUCAUUUUGAGUUUCCUAAUGGCUAUAAUCAAGAAUUUGGCAAUGAAAGAUUCAAAAUACCAGAAGCUUUAUUUGAUCCGAGUGCUAGUAUGGGUGGUUCCAUGUUGGGUGUGAGUCAUAUUGUUACCACAAGUGUUGGAAUGUGUGAUGUGGAUGUAAGGCCAGCCUUAUACAACAAUGUUAUUGUCACUGGUGGAAAUUCGUUUUUACAAGGUUUCCCAGAAAGAUUAAACAGAGAUCUUUCCGCUCGUAUACCAGCUAGUAUGAGAUUAAAAUUGAUUGCACCUAAUGGAUCCACUGAAAGAAGAUUUGGUGCCUGGAUUGGUGGUUCAAUAUUAGCAUCAAUUGGAACUUUCCAACAAAUGUGGAUUAGUCAUCAAGAAUUUAAAGAAGGAGGUAAAAGUCAAAUUGAUCGCAAGUGUCCAUAGUAAAUUAUUACUUAUUAUUUUAUAUUAUAUAAAUUUUAUACAUUAACUUAUACUUUUGUAGUAUGUAUUUUAUACUUUUUUUUUAUAUAUAACACUGGAUGUCUUGUUUGACAAUUACAAUAUUAAGAUAAACAAAUAUAAUCUAAAUUUAAUGUUUAUAUCCAAAGUCCUCAUCCUGUAUGUAAAAAAAAAGGACAAGCUGUAAUAUUUUUUUCUUUCUGUUUAUUACAUGUGUAUAUAUGUACAAUAUAUAUAAAAUAUAUGUUUAAAAUCAAAGUUGUUACAUCAUAGAUGUCCAAUUUCCAUGAUAAUAAAUAAAUAAAAAAAUUUCAUUUAUUAGA